CUAAAUUGGGUGAGUUUGAUUAGGGAUACAUAGAAAAUCUGCAGGAAGGCCUCUGGGACAUGUUUGGGAAGCAUUGGGUGAGAAACAUUCAGGACUGGAGCAGAAGUUGAAGAGGAGAUUGAAGACAUGAGUGAUCCAGAGCCAUUCAGAAUAAAACAUGAAGAUACUGAGGAACAAACAGACUGGACGGAAGUAAAACCGCAAAGACAUGUGGUGAAUGAAUGUUGUAAGAGCAAAACUUCAAGAAAAAAAGCCAAACAGCUGCACACCUGCUCACAGUGUGGAAAGAGUUUCAGACACAAAGGAAGCCUUAAGUUGCACACGAGGAUCCACACUGGAGAGAAACCUUACACAUGCCCUCAGUGUGGAAAGAGUUUUUCUGCAGCAUCAGGUCUCCGUUAUCAUCUGCGUAUCCACUCUGGAGAAAAGCCUUUUAACUGUGAUCAGUGCGGUAAAAAGUUUAUUUCAUCAUCAAGUCUAAAAGCACACCUGACAGUUCAUUCAGAUGAGAAGCCUCAUGUGUGUUCUUACUGUGGAAAGAGUUUUUCACGGCUGGCCAGUUGUAAACUGCACCAGAAAACACAUAAUGAAGUGAGAGAUCACAUGUGUUUUUUGUGUGGAAAGAGCUUUACUACAGUCUUCCGUCUGAAACAGCACCAAAGGAUUCACACUGGAGAGAAACCUUACAAGUGCUCCUAUUGUGACAAGAAUUUCACUCAGUCAGAAAACAUGAAAGUACAUGAGCGAGUUCACACUGGAGAGAAACCAUACCACUGUACUCAGUGUGGAAAGAGUUUUAAACAAAAAAACUCUGUAGCGAAACAUAUGAAAAAGAUUUCGCGCAUACAGUUGCAAGGUUCUGCUCGAUGUCGGCAGAACCGCAUUUUUACAGUUAAACUCCGCGCACGCAGAACAGCUGCGAGAUCUCGGUCUGCUACGAAGGCUUACACCAUCACCGACCCCCACUACUGCAUCUCGCCCACAGCAGAGGCGCCAAAAGUGGACCGGAGCAGACACCAGGAGCAGCUGCUGAAAAUGACUCAUACUAUGGUAAAGAUGGAGUCUGUUAAAGAGGAGAUUGAAGACAUGAGUGUCUCAGAACCAUCCAGAAUAAAACAUGAAGAUACUGAGGAACAAACAGACUGGAUGGAAGUAAAACAGCAAAAACAUGAUCUGAAUGAAGUGGAGGAGGAACAUUGUAAAAUCCAAACUUCAAGAAAAAAAGACAAACCUCUCAUCCCCUGCUCACAGUGUGGAAAGAGUUUCAGAGAAAAAGGAGGCCUUAAUAGACACAUGAGAAUCCACACUGGAGAGAAACCACACACCUGCUCACAGUGUGGAAAGAGUUUCAAACGCAAAGAAAACCUUAAGACACACACGAGGAUCCACACUGGAGAGAAACCACACACUUGUCCUCAGUGUGGAAAGAGUUUUACUGAUGCAUCAAGUCUCCGUUAUCAUCUGCACAUUCACUCUGGAGAAAAGCCUUUUAACUGUGAUCAGUGUGGUAAAAAGUUUAUUUCAUCAACAAGACUAAAGGCACACCUGACAGUUCAUUCAGAAGAGAAGCCUCAUGUUUGUUCUUACUGUGGAAAGAGUUUUUCACGACUGGAUAAUUUUAAACAGCACCAAAAAACACAUAAUGACGUGAGAGAUCACAUGUGUUUUGAGUGUGGAAAGAGCUUUACUAGAGGCUUACAUCUGAAACAACAUCAAAGGAUUCACACUGGAGAGAAACCUUACAAGUGUUCCUAUUGUGACAAGAGUUUCAUUCAGUCUGGAAGCCUUAAACUACAUGAGCGAGUUCACACUGGAGAGAAACCGUAUUACUGUACUCAGUGUGGAAAGAGUUUUAAACAAAAAAACUCUAUGCACAUGAGGAUCCACACCGGAGAGAAACCAUACACAUGCCCUCAGUGUGGAAAGAGUUUCAGAGACAAAGGAAGCCUUAAUAAGCACAUAAUAAUCCACACUGGAGAGAAACCAUACACUUGCCCUCAGUGUGGAAAGAGUUUUACUGCAGCAUCCGGUCUCAGUUAUCAUCUGCGCAUCCACUCUGGAGAAAAGCCUUUUAACUGUGAUCAGUGUGGUAAAAAGUUUAUUUCAUUGUCAAGGCUAAAAACACACUUGAUAGUUCAUUCAGAAGAGAAGCCUCAUGUGUGUUCUUACUGUGGAAAGAGUUUUUCACGACUGGGCAAUUAUAAACUGCACCAGAAGACACAUAAUGAAGUGAGAGAUCAUGUGUGUUUUGAGUGUGGGAAGAGCUUUACUAGAACUGAUCAUCUGAAACAGCACCAAAGGAUUCACACUGGAGAGAAACCUUACAAGUGCUCCUAUUGUGACAAGAGUUUCAUUCAGUCUGGAAACAUGAAAUUGCACAUGAGGAUCCACACUGGAGAGAAACCGUACACAUGCCCUCAGUGUGGAAAGAGUUUUUCUGCAGCAUCAGGUCUCCGUUAUCAUCUGCGUAUUCACUCUGGAGAAAAGCCUUUUAACUGUGAUCAGUGUGGUAAAAACUUUAUUUCAUCAUCAAGUCUAAAAGCACACCUGACAGUUCAUUCAGAUGAGAAGCCUCAUGUGUGUUCUUACUGUGGAAAGAGUUUUUCACGACUGGCCAGUUGUAAACUGCACCAGAAAGUCCAUAAUGAAGUGAGAGAUCACAUGUGUUUUUUGUGUGGAAAGAGCUUUACUACAGUCUUCCGUCUGAAACAGCACCAAAGGAUUCACACUGGAGAGAAACCUUACAAGUGCUCCUAUUGUGACAAGAAUUUCACUCAGUCAGAAAACAUGAAACUACAUGAGCGAUUUCCAGGUGCUUCAUUGGCAUGA